CAAUUUCUGAGGACUUAGAGGAAGGCUACUGUAACGACAAAUCACUUGCAGAAGACGAGCCGCUUUACUCUGUUUCCCAGUACAUCAGGAACAUCCAUGCCAGAGAUGUCCUCUCCUUACAAUCAUUUACAUGAUAGCCAUGUUCCCAACGUAAGGGGAUCCAAACGGCUUGUUUCAGUUGCUGUGGCAGUGGGAUGUUUGACUGCAUUCGGGGCACUGCUCUCCUUUUCUAUGUAUGAGAAGAGCACAGAAGAGCAUUUCCAAAACUGCAAGGUCUUCCAAGAAACAAACACUGAUCAAAAUAACAUUUCUGAAGAGCAAAGCCGUAUAAUCCUCGUAGAGAGCAUUCCCCUGUAUAUGAAAUAUGACGACAAUGCAACCUUUGGGACCCCAGUGGACAAAGCCUGGAGAGAUCUCCUGUCCAUGGCAACCUACCAAGUCGAUGUGGCUUCCUUCUACUGGACUCUUACCGGUGAUGACAUCAAUAUCAACUCUUCCACUGACUUGCCUGGAAAGAACAUACUGGAGCAGUUUGGAGCUUUACCUUCCAGAAAUGUGUCAGUGAGAGUUGUGACAAGUAUUCCCUCUGUGCUGACAAACUCCACAGAUCUUCAUUUUCUGAGACAGAAAGGAGUCCAAGUAAGAAAAGUUCCCUUUGGGCGUUUGACUGGGGGUGUACUCCACAGCAAGUUCUGGAUUGUUGAUAGGAAACACAUUUUCCUGGGAAGUGCCAACAUGGAUUGGAGGUCUCUUACACAGGUAAAGGAACUGGGAGUGGUGAUCUAUAACUGCUCCAGUCUGGCUGAGGACCUCCAUAAGAUCUUUGAGUCAUACUGGGUGAUGGGUCAUCGCAACAGCUCCAUCCCAAACCCUUGGCCCUCCAAGUAUGACACUGACAUCAACAAAGAGCACCCCAUGCUGCUGAAGACUGAUAAUGUUUCAAGCAAAAUCUACAUCACAGCCUCUCCUCCCACUUUCUGCCCCGCCUCUCGGACGCAGGACCUUGAUUCUAUCCUCUCAGUGAUCUCAGGGGCACAGCACUACAUUGAUGUGGCAGUCAUGGAGUAUUUCCCCACCACACGCUUCAUACACCCUCAAAGGUACUGGCCAGCCAUUGAUGAUGCAUUAAAGAGGGCUGCUUUUGAGCGGAAUGUUAAGGUUCGUCUGCUGGUGAGCUGUGGGCGGGAUUCUGAUCCAGCCAUGCUUCCUUUUCUUCAGUCUCUAGCCUCCCUGAAUUACCCUGGCCAGCAUAUCAGCAUUCACGUGAAACUGUCCAUUGUGCCAGUAGGGAACCAGUCAGAGAUACCCCACUCUAGAGUAAACCAUAAUAAAUACAUGGUGACUGAUAAAAUGGCAUAUAUUGGGACAUCUAACUGGUCAGCUGACUACUUCAACACCACAGCUGGAGUGGGGCUGGUGGUUUCCCAGCACGCACCACACUGGGCCUGGAGGACCCAGGCUCUGCAGGGGCAGCUCAGGGCAGUAUUUGACAGGGACUGGCAGUCUCAGUUUACUGUAUGUCUCGCUGACUUGGGUCAUCACCCUGACUGUGCCCUCUCAAAAGGAUAGGCGCUCUACUUACCAUCCGUACACUCAGUUAUACCAAUGUUUACUUUAGAAAAGUCCCCAAAGCAUUCAGUUAUGGCAGUUAUGGCUUAGGGAGAUAACAGUAAGCCUGUUGGACUGCUUUUUUGUUGUUGUCUUUGGUUGUUUCUAUGAGGAACGUUGCAACUGAACACUCAUCAUUUGCUUCAUUAUUUGUUUGUACUAGUUACCUUUUUUCCCGAGUGAAAAUGUCAUGUUGAAUGUUUAAUAUUUCACUGUCUAUUCGGGUAUGUUGGGGGAAAACGUACCUUAAUACCUUUUGCAAGCAAAUAAAUACUAUUUCAUGAUAUAUACUUGAUUGCUCAUUAUUCUUGCAACAAAAUGCUUUAUUAUACAAUAUAAUUCAUUUAAAAUAAAAGCAGCAAAAGACA